AUGUGUCAACCAUAUAAGUAUACGGAUGCUGCUUAUAAAAAUUUCACAAAAACGGAAUCCGAAUUGAAACUUUAUACAAUGUCUACUGUAGACAUUUACCACGGAAUUUUGAACAAAAAUAAUAAAUUGGUUCUUGAGCUUGUGCUUAUGGCAAAUGAUAUGGAUGAAAAUGGAUCAAAAAGUUGA